CUAGCGAACGCUGCGACCCAGGCAGCAGUGGUGGCGGGCAUGGGCGAUGGGGGCGCGGAGCGGGACCGCGGCCCCAAGCGCGGUGGCCGGAGCGGACACCACGGCGACCACAACGGAGCGGAAGACUUGCGUGCUGACACAGGUAGCAGGAGUCCAAGGGAGGUUGCGGCGACCUCGGUCUCCAGCCCCGCAGGCUCCAGGGAGAGCGGAGCAGAUAGCGACGGACAGCCGGCGCUCGGUGAGACGGACCACUGCCGCCGCAUCCUGGUACGAGAUGCCAAGGGAACCAUUAGAGAAAUUGUCCUGCCCAAGGGCCUGGACCUUGACCGACCCAAGAGGACCCGCACCUCCUUCACGGCAGAGCAGCUGUAUCGCCUGGAGAUGGAGUUCCAGCGCUGCCAGUACGUGGUGGGCCGAGAGCGCACGGAGCUGGCCCGCCAGCUGAACCUCUCUGAGACCCAGGUGAAGGUCUGGUUCCAGAAUCGCCGCACCAAGCAGAAGAAGGACCAGAGCAGAGACCUGGAGAAGCGGGCAUCCUCUUCUGCCUCUGAGGCCUUUGCCACCUCCAGCGUUCUGCGACUUCUGGAACAGGGCCGGCUGCUCUCCGUGCCCAGGGCCCCCAGCCUCCUGACACUGACGCCGGGCCUGCCAGGCCUGCCUGCCUGCCACAGGGGCACCUCCUUGGGUGACCCCAGGAACUCCUCCCCAAGCCUCAAUCCAGUGCCCUCGGCCUCAGCGUCGCCCCCUCUGCCAGCCACCUGCUUUUCCACAGCUCGCUCCUGGACUUGCCUGUCAGCUACAAACUGGGGUCCUCAGCGUUUGAGCCCUACAUCAGGCUAGAACAACAGAAAGUAGGCAGCCCUGGCCAAAGUGGCAAGAAAGCUGACACUUAAGAGUCCCGUCCCCGUGUGACACUGAGUCCCCAGCACAGCACGACCCCAACCUCCUGGCCCCUGUGGACUGUACUGAGCAGGCCUGGAAGAGAGAAGUGGGCACAGCAUGCUCCUCUCCACUGCCCUCAGCUCAGAGACUGUACCAAAUGACUUUGGUCCCAACGUACUCUCUGAUGUGUGUGUCAUGUGCGUGUGAGCGUGUGUGUGCAUACGUGUGUGCGUGUGUGUGUCUCACUGAAAUAAAGAAGGGAAAUGGUCCC